AUGGGAAGUGAGAGGUCGAUUUCUGGUCCAUCUGAUACUGUACAGAAAAUUAGACCAUUGCAUGGGAGGACUACUGGCCCUACAAGGCGAUCCACUAAAGGAAAUUGGACAGCUGAGGAGGAUGAUAUUUUGCGGAAGGCUGUUGAGCGUUUUAAAGGAAAGAAUUGGAAAAAAAUAGCGGAGUGUUUCAAGGAUAGGACUGAUGUACAAUGCCUGCAUAGGUGGCAAAAAGUUUUAAAUCCAGAACUAAUCAAAGGUCCUUGGUCCAAAGAGGAAGAUGAAACAAUCGUUGAUUUAGUAAACAAAUACGGGCCUAAAAAGUGGUCUACUAUAGCACAACAUUUACCUGGACGUAUUGGUAAGCAAUGUCGAGAAAGGUGGCAUAAUCAUCUUAAUCCUUCUAUAAAUAAGGAAGCAUGGACGCAGGAAGAAGAGUUAGCUCUAAUACAUGCUCAUCAGAUUUAUGGGAAUAGAUGGGCAGAAUUAUCAAAGUUUUUGCCUGGAAGGACAGACAAUGCAAUAAAGAACCACUGGAAUAGUUCUGUCAAAAAGAAAUUAGAUUCUUACUUAACGUCGGGCUUGCUUGCUCAGUUUCAAAAUGUACAACUUGUUGGAAAUCCAAAUCAACCUAAUUCUUCAUCCUGUGCAAGGUUGCAGUUUAGUGUAGAUGAUAACGGUCCUAGGGGGGCUGAAGGUGAGGAAGUUUCACAGUGUAGCCAGGAAUCAGUUAAUGCUGAUAACUUUCCGUCUAGCAGAGAGUUGAGAAUUGUUGUUAUGCAAAAUGGAGAAGAGUACAUUGCAAAUGAAGAAUCUAAUCAAGCAUCGUGUUCAGAGCCAUAUUACUUGUCUCUGGAUGAUGUUACUUGCCAAGAAUCAUAUGAGCAGAAAUAUUCAAACCAAGCCGGAAGUUCCUCCGCUAAUGUGGAUUACCAAUUUAAUUUACAUGCUUUGCCCAACAUUUCCUCGCUUGACUUUGGGCAGGAAUCAUCUCAGUUGCAAAAUGAUUCGUUAGCUCCUAGUGAAAGUCAUAACAUGAUGAUUGUUCCAUAUGAAUAUCAGCCUUCAUCUAUGGACAAUGUUGAAGGAGAACAAAACAUGUUGGUAACUAAUGAUGAAUGUAGCAGAUUCCUGUUUUCAGAGGCAAUGAGUGAUGAAUGCUUUUCCUCGGGAGGAGUAAAUAAUGUUGACAUGUCUAGAUGCACUUCAUCUCUUUGUCAGUCAUCUAGUGGCAGGAUGGAGAUGUAUGCUGUCGAAGGCAAUCCGUUUGUAGGCUCUGAGGAUCAACAAUGUGUCUCGAGAGAACAUGAUGGCUUGAUUUAUGCCAAUGAUAACAAUAGAUUUGAAGAUAUUGGGAAAGAUGCAAAUUUAAAAUUGGUCCCUGUAAAUAGUUCUGGCCGUGGAUCGGAUACAAUGCAAACUUGCUAUCCAAUUGAUGAAAAAGAAAAGAUACAUAUAAAACAGGAGGAAGCAGGAGGAAAACUGUGUUAUGAACCACCUCGUUUUCCAAGCCUGGAUAUACCCUUCAUGAGCUGUGAUCUUAUACAGUCUGGCGAUAUGCAACAAGAAUUCAGUCCCUUAGGCAUCCGCCAGUUUAUGAUGUCUUCUAUGAACUGUCUUACUCCUUUCAGACUGUGGGACUCUCCUUCUCGCAUUGAUAGUCCAAAGGCUUUGUUAAAAAGUGCUGCUAAAACUUUUACUAGUACACCAUCCAUAAUGAAGAAGAAACGAAACCGAGACCUUUUAACUCCACUAUCAGAUAGAAGAAUGGAGAAGAAACAUGAGAUUGACAUGACAUCAACUUUGAUUACAAACUUUUCUCGUUUGGAUGUCAUGUUUGAUGAUAAUGAGGCUCAAGGUAUUGAAGAUGAUAAAGAAAAUUGUAGACCAGCUUUUAAGGUAGAAGAGAAAAGUAACUCUCAGAAGAAGAUUGAGCAGUCUCCUCUCGAUGCCGAUUCUAAGAUGAAGGAUGAUAUUGAUCCCGUUGCUGAAAUAGUACAACAGCCUUCUGGAGUUUUGGUUGAACAUGAUAUCAAUGAUCCGUCGUUGUAUUCUCCUAGUCAAAUUGGUUUGAAAUCAGACAUAGUUCUUAGUUUAAGUGCUAGAAGUCAUAAAAAGCCAGCUUCAAGAUUUAACUCUCCCUGCGUUCGAUUAAAGGAACAUGAAAGACUCUCAGUUUCUGUUACUUGUGUACAAUCCGUAUGUUCGUCAUCAGGCCCAGGAGAGAAUAUGGGCGAUCAAACCGGAAACGAUGGUGGUUUUGAAAGAAAUAACAUUUUUGGCGGAACACCUUACAGGAAAAGCUUCGAAUCACCUUCGGCAUGGAAAUCCCCCCUGUUCUUCAGCACCUUUUUGUCUAGCCCCAGGAUUGAUACUGAAAUUACAAUUGAGGACUAUGGAUGUUUCUUUAGCCCGGGCGAUAAAAGCUAUGAUGCAAUGGGAUGGAUGCAACAGAUUGGCGAACACACUGCUGCUCAAUAUGCCGAUGCUCUAGAGGUUUUGGAAAAUGAAACUCCAAAGGCACUACCAAAAGAUGCAUCCGGAGACAACCAAGAAAACAUCGAUCCUCAUAAUCAGCCUGAAAACCAUUCUAACUUGGCUUCAAAUGCUUUGGUGGAGCGACGCAUGCUUGACUUCAGCGAAUGUGGAUCUCCAGGGAAGGGUGAUAAUGGUAAAUCUUCAGUUAUGAACAUUUCAAGUCCUUCUUCGUAUUUGUUGAAUGGCUGUAGAUAG